CCAAAACAAAUAUCAUCAUUCUCUAAUGGAAAGAAAUAAUGGCAAUUCCGGAGUUUCUUCUUCUCAAGCCUUGAAAGAUGAAAGCAGUGGGUUUUGGUUGGUACAGAAGUUACCGGGUGGGAGAUGGGGGUAUCUUUCCCCCACUACAGAGAGCUAUUUUGGCUGCUUUCGAUUUAUCACAUCUCCCCAUUAAAAAAGUUCCCUUGUCCAGUUUUGCCUCCCUGUCACUUCAACUUCAAAGUGCCGAUCUCAGUAUCUCCCCUCCCUCCUUCUCUCCACCUUCCAUUAUCCGCUCCUAGUCUCUCUCAUCAUCAUCACAAACUAGAUUAGCAAUCUUUUCUUUUGUCUUUUUUUUUUUGCCAAUUCCCUGUACACCAAUAUAAGAAUCUUCCACCCCAAUACCAAUCCUCUGUGAAAUCACACUCUUCUUGCUUCUCCAUUUUGGGUCAAUCUGCUUUUUGAGUUCCCUGCAUUGAAUAAAAAGCAACAAGCUUUAUUUGUUUUCUGAAGAGGGUUGUUGUAGAGGUCUCCUGCGCUACUGCCAAACUGAAAGGCUGCCUUGGUAUAAUUUUGGUGUAGCCAUGUAUGUGAGCGAGCUGCUUCAAAUGGAGAUCAGAUUAUGUGGUGACUUAACACACAACUAAACCCCAAUUUGACUUGUCAAGCUUUUGUGAGUUCCAUGUUUGUAAAUUCUAUUGCAUCUACUUAGUAUGGGCAUCCUCAUCACCAUGGCAAUAAUGGAGACUUAAUUAUAGAGUCUGUCUUUCCCUAGUGAGGAUUAUUUAUGUGUUGCUCACCCGGUUAUUCCGCCAUGGACAGAAACCAAAAGCACCUCUUCCUCCAAAUUCUUUCAAAACUUUUACUCCUGUUCUUGUUUUUCAACCCAUCCACACCUCUGAGUGUGGAAACUGAGGCUCUUUUGGAAUUCAAAAAGCAUCUCAGUGACCCCUUGAAUAUCCUUGAUUCUUGGAAUGAAUGGGAAAGCCCCUGCCAUUUUCAUGGUAUUACAUGUGAUCCAAAAAAUGGUUUAGUUACAGAAAUCUCACUUGAUAACCAGAGUCUCUCCGGAGUGAUAUCACCGUCGAUUUCUUCCCUCCAAAACCUCACAUCUCUUGUGCUUGCAUCAAAUGCCUUAUCUGGGAUUCUCCCAUCUGAACUUAUCAACUGUACCAAUCUCAGAGUCUUGAAUGUUACUGGAAAUAAUAUGAAUGGGACCAUCCCUGAUUUGUCAAAGCUGACUAAUUUGGAGGUUCUUGAUCUGUCCAUCAACUAUUUUUCUGGAGAAUUACCAGCUUGGGUUGCAAAUCUUACUGGUUUAGUCUCAUUAGGCCUCGGCUAUAACAAUUUUGAUGAAGGGGAAAUUCCAAAGAGCAUUGGGAAUUUGAAGAAGUUGAAAUGGCUUUACCUGGCCGGAUCAAAUCUGAGAGGAGAAAUCCCAGAGACCAUUUUCGGCUUGGAGGAAUUGCAGACACUGGAUAUCUGCAGGAAUCACAUCUCUGGGAAUUUCCCUAAUAUGAUAGGCAAUUUGCAAAAUCUCUACAAAAUCGAGCUCUACGCCAAUAAUCUGACGGGUGAGCUUCCAUCUGAGCUUGCCGCACUCAAUCUAUUGCAGGAGUUUGAUGUUUCAGAUAACCAGAUGUACGGUGCACUGCCUUGGGCUCUUGGAAACCUUAAAAACUUGACAGUUUUUCAGGUGGCAAGAAACAAUUUCUCAGGAGAAAUCCCUCGAGGCUUUGGAGAUUUGCAGCAUCUAAUUAGCUUUUCCUUAUUCGAGAACAGUUUCUCAGGCAAUUUUCCGGAAAAUCUUGGCAGGUUUUCACCACUGGUUAGCUUAGACAUUUCUGAAAACCAAUUUUCUGGAGGACUCCCCAAGUACUUGUGUCAUAAUGGGAAAUUGCGUUAUUUGCUUGCAGUGGAAAAUCAUUUCACAGGAGAGUUUCCAGACGCUUAUGCCGCCUGUAUGCCUUUAGAGAGGUUGAGGGUCAGACAGAAUCAGCUCUCUGGAAAAAUCCCUGAAGGGGUCUGGGCCCUUCCAAAUGUAAAAAUGAUUGAUUUCAGUAAUAAUGGUUUCAGUGGAUUCGUUUCUCCUUGGAUAGGAUCUGCAAAAAACCUGAAGCAGUUAAUUCUGUCAAACAACAAAUUCUCAGGUUGGCUCCCAAACGACCUAGGAAAUCUCAUGCUCUUGGAGAGGCUUUACUUGGACAACAAUGAAUUCUCUGGCCAUUUACCAGCCCAACUUGGUAUGUUAAAACAAAUCACAUCCUUGCAUUUGGAGAAGAACUCAUUCACAGGACCAAUACCUGUGGAGUUAGGUCACUGUCCUAGGCUGACAGAUAUGAAUCUUGCUUCUAAUCAUCUAAGUGGCGCCAUUCCAGACUCUCUAACGACGAUGACCUCUUUGCUGAACUCCUUGAAUCUAUCCAACAACAAGCUGACAGGCCCAAUUCCCAGAAGCUUGGAUAAUCUGAAGCUUUCUUCGAUAGAUUUGUCCGACAACCAGCUAUACGGGAAAGUUUCUUAUGAACUUUUGAUGAUGGGAGGAGACAAGGCAUUCUUUGGCAACAAGGGACUUUGUCUUGAUCAAAGUAUAAAAUAUGACACAAACAAGGAACUAAUAAGUGUUUGUGGUGGGUAUGCUACUCGCCGCAACAAUUUCAUUAACAGCAAGUUUAGUGUUCUCUGCAUUGCAUUCUUAUGUGCAACUGCCCUUUUGGUCGGCUUAUUGGUCUUGAGCUAUUGGAAGAGCAAGCACACCGAGAAAAAUGUUGAAAAAGAAGAAUACUCAGAGGAUGCCAAGGGAUUGGACCCAAAAUGGAGGCUUGAGAGCUUCUUCCAUCACAUUGAGUUCGAUGCCGAUGAAAUAUGUGAUCUAGAUGAGGAGAAUCUGAUCGGAAGCGGAGGCACGGGGAAAGUCUAUCGUCUUGAUUUGAAGAAAGGUUGUGGCACUGUGGCAGUGAAGCAACUGUGGAAGGGGGAUGCAGUGAAAGUUCUGGCUAAAGAAAUGGAAAUAUUGCGGACAAUCAGGCAUAGGAAUAUAGUGAAACUCUAUGCCUGCCUGACAAACGGAGGUUCAAAUUACUUGGUUUUUGAAUACAUGGCAAACGGAAAUCUUUUCCAAGCACUUCACCGCAGAACCAAAUUUGGAAAGACAGAAUUGGAUUGGGAUCAGAGAUAUAAAAUUGCACUAGGGGCUGCUAAAGGAAUAGCUUAUCUACACCAUGACUGCUCUCCUCCUGUCAUUCACAGAGAUAUCAAGUCUACCAACAUUCUUCUUGAUGAGGCUUAUGAAGCCAAAGUUUCAGAUUUCGGAGUUGCGAGAACUUCAGAACUUUCUCAAAGAGGAUCUGACCUCAGCAGUUUUGCUGGAACUCAUGGUUACAUGGCUCCAGAGAUGGCUUAUACACUAAAGGUGACAGAGAAAAGUGAUGUGUAUAGUUUCGGUGUGGUGCUUUUAGAGCUGGUAACAGGAAGAAGCCCAAUAGACGAUGCUUAUGGAGAAGGAAAAGACAUAGUGUACUGGGUCUCCACUCAUCUUGAUAACCGCGAAAAUAUUCUGAAAAUUCUUGACCCAAACAUAGUUUCAGAUGUAGUCCAGGAUGGCAUGGUUAAUGUCCUGAGGAUAUCAACACUCUGCACUACAAAGCUUCCAAACCUUCGGCCGACAAUGAAAAAUGUUGUCAGAAUGCUUGCUGAUGCUGAGCCCUCGGCACUUAAGUCCAC